CCCGCUGCCGACGUGGGCUGCAGGCCCUAGGCGGUUGCCCGGCGCGCGGUGGAGCGGGCUGCGGGCAUGGGCGGCCUGCGGCUGCUGGCGGUAGCCCUCACGUGCAGCUGCUGGUGGCCGCAGGGCGUCCAGGGCAAGACCCUGCGGGGCAGCUUCAGCAGCGCUGCGGCCCGGGACGCCCAGGGCCAGAGCAUCGGCCAUUUCGAAUUCCACGGUGACCAUGCGCUUCUGUGUGUCAGAAUCAACAACAUAGCAGUGGCCAUUGGAAAAGAAGCUAAACUCUACCUGUUCCAAGCCCAGGAAUGGCUAAAGCUGCAGGGGGGCGGUCCUGGAUAUAGCUGUAGUGAGAGGCUAUCCAGAGCUCAGCUGACAAUGGCAAUGAACCAGACAGAGCAUAACCUGACAGUGUCCCAGACCCCGGCUCCCCAGACAUGGCAUGUGUUUUAUGCAGACAAGUACACCUGCACAGAUGACUCGGAGAGUCCCCAGGUGGAAGAGAUCCCAUUUGAAAUGGUGUUACUGAACCCGGAUGCUGAAGGAAACCCAUUUGAUCACUUUAGCGCUAGAGAAUCUGGGUUACACGAGUUCUUUUUCCUCCUGGUCCUGGCAUACUUCGUGACUGCAUGCGUCUGUGCGCAGUCACUGUGGCAGGCCAUCAGGAAGGGAGGGCCCAUGCACACGGUCCUGAAGGUCCUGACCACAGCGCUGCUGCUCCAGGCUGCCUCAGCCCUAGCCAAUUACAUUCACUUCUCCAGAUACUCCAAAGAUGGAAUCGGGGUACCUCUUCUGGGAAGUUUGGCAGAAGUUUUUGACAUUGCCUCCCAAAUUCAGAUGUUGUACCUGCUUUUGAGCCUGUGCAUGGGGUGGACAAUAGUCCGAAUGAAGAAGUCUCAAAGCCGACCUCUCCAGUGGGACUCUACCCCGGCGUCCACAGGCAUUGCGGUGUUCAUUGUCAUAACCCAGAGCAUUUUGCUACUUUGGGAGCAGUUUGAAGACACUAGUCACCAUAGUUCACAUUCUCACCACAGCUUAGCAGGGGUCCUGCUGAUCAUCUUAAGAAUCUGCCUGGCACUGUCGCUGGGCUGUGGACUCUACCAGAUCAUCACAAUGGAGAGGAGCACACUCAAGAGAGAGUUCUACAUCACGUUCGCCAAAGGCUGUAUCUUGUGGUUCUUAUGCCAGCCAGUGCUCGCCUGCAUUGCUGUGAUUUUUAAUGACUACCAAAGAGAUAAGGUUAUUACAGUAGGUGUAAUCCUUUGCCAGGCUGUGUCCAUGGUUAUUCUGUACAGACUCUUCCUGUCCCACAGUCUGUACUGGGAGGUUUCUUCACUUUCCUCAGUGACACUACCACUGACCAUUUCAUCUGGACACAAAAGUCGCCCUCAUUUCUGAUACUUGAUUUUUGUUGAAAGAACAAGUGAAUUGGAUAAGUGCAAUAAGGAUCCAGAUGCAGUGACUUCUUUUCAUGCCUUUGCUGUGGAAAACUGAACUGUGAGAGCAAAGCAUGUUAUUUAUAUAACUGCAUUUCAGCAGUGCCAAAACUCAGAAAGGUCAUAAAUGUCUGGAGUGUGCUCAAACAAUAAACUUUUAAAAGAA